ACAAAACAGGAAACCAAAACUCAAUAAACAAUGUCACUUUUAUUUCAAACGACUAUAUUUAUUGGCUAUUUGGUUUCAUUAUCAACUCAAACUAAUAUUGGGCAUUCAUGGAACAAUCAUCACUGGGACCUAGAAAAGGAAUCACAACAACAACAACAAUAUCAAGAUGACAUUGAUCAUAUUGAUGAGCAUAAUGAUGAUAAUGCUAAUGACGAUGAUAAUCAAUAUUUGUAUUUAUUUAAUUUGAAUAGACAACCAUCCUAUUCAACUAACUUCAGGCGUAAAGUAUUUUCAGAUCCAAAAAUCAAUUUACCUAUUGAUAUUGAUGAAGAUGUUGAUAAACUACAAGAAUCGGCUUCUUCUUCUUCUCCUUCGCCUCCUACAGAUGGAAACAUUGAAUAUUUAAAUCCAAUUUGGCCAAAUCUAAUUUAUUAUAGAAAUCCUUUAAAAAACGUGAUUGGUUGA